GUGGCGAGCAAUAUCGGGAAGAUGAGACGGCGAGAAGAAAAGCGACGAAAGUUACACGAAGCUCUUCUUCAAACACUGUACCCUCCUUCAUCUCCUUCCUCUUCUCCGUUGUCUCCCGUUAAGUUUGAUGACGAACCAUUCGAUGUAACACUCAUAAACCCAGAGGAUUACGUGAACAUCGAUUCAUCAAAUCACGGCGAUGACGACGAAAACGGAGGCGAGUCAGAGACAAAACCGAGUCGAGCUCAGAGGAAGAGGAUAAGGAAGAAGAUGCUCAAAGAGGAAGCUGCUCGACGGAGGAAAGUCAUUGGACCUCUGCUUCCCACAGAAAUGAUUCAGACACGUGAUGACAUAGUCGGAGAUGCUGGUGGGAGCGACUGUGGAGAAGAGGCGAGUUGCGUACAACCUGCUCGAUUAAAUGCCUCAGAGAAAGAAGAGAAACUCAAACUCGAGGGCAAUGAUCAGACUAGAAAAGUCAAGAAGAGGAGAGAGGCAAAGAAACUGGCGAAAGAGAGUUCUAAACCAAUUCAAAUCCAAGAACUUUGAAAAUCUAUAAAUAGUAUACGUCCAUGAGUUUUUCUAAGUAAAAAUUUCAUUAAUCUAAAAAAAUAGUGAAGAAGAAAAUUCUUCCUAACAAAACUAUAUUUCUGAUUAUCUUUAUUCUAUAAAUAGAUAAUUCAUGUCCUAUAAUUUCAAACACUUGGAUAAUAUAAGAAAGUUUGAUACUGACA